AAUUGCAAUUACUUACAAAGCCUGUAAUUAAUUAGAUUAAUUUUUUCAGUCGCGUCCCACCACUAAUUUAAACAUAACAUUUUAGAAAACCUGUGAUCCAAAAAAGUCUUAAUGUAAAUAAAUGAGGAUGUCUAUGGUGAUACUAAUUUAAAUUUAGCAUGCAGAAGUCUAUAAACGCAGGUAGGAUUAUAACAGUGGUAGGAUUAUACGGUAUAAUAAAGGCCAUGUGGUUGGGUUAUGUACGCCUCCACAGACUGAACUGUUCACAGUCUUACAGCACUGUGAAAGGAGAUUAAAUCAAUCUGCUUAACUAUUCACAAGGUCUGCAAACAAGCUGUGUUAGCGAGCCCCAGGAACACUUGGUAGAAUAUGUGCUGCUAUGCUUUAUUUAUUGAGUAUCAACCUACAGUGCAAGUGUUCUUCUGAGGUUAGUUGUCCGGAGCCAGCCCCUGUGGGGGUCAACAGGAGCAGCCAUGGGGGCAGGACGACAGGUCAGGCUCCUGCUGUGGAAGAACUGGACGGUUCGUAGGAGGCAGAGGGUCCGUUUCUUCAUGGAGAUCAUGUGGCCUGUUAUUCUGUUCAUGGGACUGGUGUGGCUAAGAAGAGUGAACCCGCUCUACCGUCAGCAUGAAUGUCACUUCCCUAACAAGGCCAUGCCCUCAGCUGGUGUCCUGCCAUGGAUCCAGGGAAUCUUCUGUAAUGCCAACAACCCUUGUUUUCAAUACCCCACCCGUGGUGAAUCUCCUGGCCUGGUGUCCAACUACAACAACUCCAUAUUGGCUCAGGUCUAUUCAGAUGCACAGGAGCUUCUUUUAGGUGACCCGGAGUUUCUCCAGCUUGGUCGCCUCUGGAGAGAAGUGACUGCCAUGAGUAACUUCAUGGACACUCUGCGCAAUCAUCCUGAACAGGUCUCAGGCCGAGGAGUGAAGGUGGAGACAAUCUUAAAGGACGAUGAAACGCUGACGUCAUUCCUGCUGAGAGACAUUCCUCUGACAGAGUCUGUGGUGUAUCAUCUAGUUAAUGCCCAAAUCAGGCCUGAACAGUUUGCUUUUGGGGUCCCAGACUUGCAUUUAAAAGACAUUGCCUGCAGCCUGAACCUGCUGGAGCGAUUCCUCAUCUUCCCCAGCCGUCGAGGACUCUACGCUGUUCGCAACGCCAUGUGCAUCCUCACUCCACAACGGCUGCAGGUCAUCGAAGACAAAUUCUACGCCAAUGUCAACUUUUUCAAACUCUUCCGCCUGCUUCCUCUUGUUUUGGACAAUCACUCUGAAGGCAUUGACAUUCACUUCUGGGUACGUGUCGUCUCCGCUGCUUCGGACAAACUCCAAGAGUUUUUCCAGAGGAGAAGCUCCAGGGAGUUGAUCCAGGUCAUCACUCCUCUCUUCCAGAACAAUCUGUCCUUCAGGCAGGUGAUGGCUGCUGCCUCCAGCCUGACAUGUGGCUACACUGAGGGGGCUUUCUCCAGAGUCACCUCCUUCAACUGGUACGAGGACAAUAACUACAAAGCCUUCCUGGGUAUCAGCAGUGGCUGGGCACAGAGCCACUACACAUAUGACAACAGUACCACUCCUUUCUGCAACGAUCUGAUGAAAGAACUGGAGUCCAACCCUGUCACCAGGAUUGUCUGGAACUCUGUCAAACCCAUGUUAAUGGGACGGAUUCUCUACGCUCCUGACUCACCAGCUGUCAGGAAGAUCAUACGAAAUGCUAACACUACAUUUGAGGAACUGGAGAGGCUGAGAGUGAUGGGGAAGGCCUGGGAAGAGGUGGCUCCUCAGAUCUGGGCUUUUUUCCAAGAUGGAGUCCAAGUCAAGAUGAUCCGGGACACCAUCUGCAAUCCAUCCGUGCAGGACUUCAUUGACAGGAGUCUCGAGAAGGCGCCGUUCUCCUCCAAACACAUCCUCAACUUCCUUUACAACGGCCCACCAGAGGAUCGUCCAGAUGACGUGCCUGACUUCGACUGGCGAGACAUCUUCAACCUCACUGACCGGGUCAUUCGGAUGCUCAACCAAUAUGGGGAUUGUGUGAUCUUGGAUAAAUUUGUGCCUCUGCCUAAUGAGGAUGCUGUUACUUAUCGGGCCUUGGACCUGUUGGAGGACAGCAAGUUCUGGGCAGGCCUCGUCUUUGCGAAUAUGCACUCGUGGACUACCAAUGUCCCGCCUCAUGUUCAAUUCAAGAUCCGCAUGGAUAUUGAUGUAGUGGAACGCACCAAUAAGGUCAAAGACAGGUACUGGGACCCAGGCCCCAGAGCUGAUCCUAUGGAAGACCUCCGCUAUGUCUGGGGUGGCUUUGCUUACCUUCAAGAUAUAAUUGAGCAUGGAAUCAUCAAGACUCAGACAGGAAAGGAAUGGCCACUGGGUGUUUACCUACAGCAGAUUCCCUACCCUUGUUAUGUGGACGAUCUGUUCAUGCUAACAUUAAACCGCUGUUUCCCCAUCUUCAUGGUCCUGGCCUGGGUCUACUCUGUGUCCAUGAUAGUAAAGAGUAUCGUUCUGGAGAAGGAACUCCGCCUCAAGGAGACUCUAAAGGCCAUGGGGGUCACCAACAGUGUCAUUUGGUCCACUUGGUUCAUUGACAGCUUCAUCAUGAUGGGCACAAGCACAGCUCUCCUCACAACCAUCAUCAUGGGAGGGAGGGUAUUGAACUACAGCAACCCCAUCAUCCUCUUCCUCUUUCUGCUCACCUUCACCACGGCUACCAUCAUGCAAUGCUUCCUCCUCAGCGUCUUCUUCAACCAGGCAAACCUGGCAGCAGCCUGCUGUGGUAUCAUUUACUUCACGCUUUACCUUCCACACAUCUUCUGCUUCGCCUGGCAAGACCGCCUCACCAAAGACAUGAAGCUCCUAGUGAGUCUGCUGUCCCAAGUGGCGUUUGGUUUUGGGACAGAGUACCUGUCACGGUACGAGGAGCAGGGUCUGGGUCUGCAGUGGAACAACAUCCAGACCAGCCCUCUGGAGGGGGACGAGUUCUCCUUCCUCACCUCCAUCUGCAUGAUGGGCCUGGACACUGUGCUCUAUGGGGUUCUGGCCUGGUACCUGGACAAUGUAUUCCCUGGACAGUAUGGAAUUGGCCGUCCAUUUUACUUCCCCUUCCUGCCGUGCUAUUGGCUCAACAGUGUGGCUCCAGUUUCAGGCAAAACAGAGUUGGAUAGCAAAGCCUUUGAUAACCUGGCAAACAAGGAGCAAGGAGAGCAGCAGAAAAAAGAGGAGGAGGACAACAAUGAUCAGGACAAACCCAAGACUGUGGAGAACAACCCAUCAUGUGAACACCAUGAACAGCGUGAGAGGCUGGGGAAGGAAGAUGAAGCUGAGAAGAACCAGGAGAAAGAUGCGCAGCCAUUCUUCGAGGCCGAGCCAGCUGAUCUGAUGAAGGGUGUUUGCAUCCAGGACCUGGUCAAAGUCUUCGGCAGCUGUGCCAAACCGGCUGUAGAUGGCCUCAGCAUUAACUUCUAUGAGAGCCAGAUUACUGCCUUUCUGGGCCAGAAUGGAGCUGGGAAGACCACCACCAUGUCUAUUUUGACUGGUAUGUUCCCUCCCACUUCGGGGACAGCUACCAUUUAUGGCCAAGACAUCCGCACAGACAUGGACACCAUCCGUCAGUCUCUGGGAAUGUGCCCUCAGCACAACAUCCUUUUUCAGUAUAUGACUGUAGCAGAGCAUAUCCUCUUCUACUCGCUGCUGAAAGGCCGUCCCAUUGCAGAGGCUGAGGAGGAGGUGGAGAACAUGCUGCAGGACCUGGGUCUUCCUCACAAGAGAGCUGAACUCACCCAGAACCUCUCAGGGGGCAUGCAGAGGAAGCUGUCUGUCGCUCUGGCUUUUGUUGGUGGAGCCAAAGUGGUGAUUCUGGAUGAGCCCACGUCAGGAGUGGACCCUUACUCCAGACGCUCUAUCUGGGACCUACUGCUCAAAUACCGUGCAGGCCGUACAGUGAUCAUGUCCACCCACCACAUGGACGAGGCCGACCUGCUGAGUGAUCGGGUGGCCAUCAUCUCUCAGGGCCGCCUCUACUGCUGUGGUUCGCCCAUCUUCCUCAAGAACUGUUUCGGCGCUGGCUUCUACCUCACCCUCGUACGCCGAAUGAAACAUGACGCUUUGAAGACCAGCUGUGACUGUACAGAGGAUUGUUCCUGUAAAUGCUCAAAGUGUUCAAAGUUUAAAGUGGACCAGGAAGAGAGGCAGGCGCCAGACAGACAGAUGGAUGGUAACACUGAGCGGAUCACAGCCUUGAUCCAUCACCAUGUGCCACAAGCUCGUCUGAUCGAGGCCAUCGGCCAGGAGCUCACCUAUCUGCUGCCCAGUCGUAACUUCCAGCCCCGGGCCUACGCUAGUCUCUUCAGGGAGCUGGAGGAAACCCUCGCGGACAUCGGCCUCAGCAGCUUUGGUGUGUCCGACACAUCCCUGGAGGAGAUCUUCUUAAAGGUCACUGCAGAUGAGAAUGCAACCAACAGGAAAUGUGCUCAAGAUAAGAAAUCAUUGCAACAGAUCUCUCGAACUAGUAUCUGUGGAUUCAACAGAGUGGCUGUUGAUAUGGAACCGGUUAAAGAGUCCAACGGCCAGAGUCCAUGUGAUGAGUCAGAUGGCAACGCAGGAAGAGGGUCCUACCAGGUCAAAGGCGUCUGUCUGGUCAUCAAACAGUUCUUUGCUCUGCUGAUCAAGAGGCUACAUCACGCCACACGCUCCUACAAAGACUUCAUUGCCCAGAUUGUGCUGCCUGCCAGUUUUGUUUUCCUCGCUCUGACAUUCACUCUCAUCGUUCCACCUUUUGGAGAGUAUCCUAGUCUGACCCUCUCUCCCUGGAUGUAUGGCAGACAAUACACCUUCUUCAGUAAUGAACGUCCUAUGGAUGCUGAGCUGAGAUACUUUGCUGAAGUUUUGCUGGACAAGCCUGGCUUUGGGACUCGCUGCAUGGCAGAUGAACCACUGGAAGAUUUCCCAUGUAACAACAUCACCACAGAGUGGGAGAUGCCCUUGGUUAACCCUGCCCUGAUAGACAUGCUGGAUGAUCCAGAGUGGAAUUCGCUUCGACCGUCUCCAGAAUGUCAGUGCAGCACACCCAAGAAACUCACCAUGCUGCCUGCGUGUCCUGCAGGAGCUGGAGGCCUGCCACCUCCACAGAGGAUCCAAUCAACAGGAGAUGUUCUUAUGGACCUAACAGGCAGAAACAUCUCUGACUACCUGGUGAAGACCUACCCCAGCCUCAUCAGAACCAGCUUGAAAAGCAAGUACUGGGUGAAUGAACAAAGGUAUGGAGGCAUAUCAGUGGGAGGACAGCUGCCUGUUUUAGAUCUGGAGCCAAAGACCGUCCAGGAUGUUGCAGCUCAGCUGGGACGAAUGUUCAACGUUACUGGGGGCAAAUACUCCAAACAAGCACUGAAGGACGUAGGGAUGUUCCUCAGGUACAUGGAGACUCAAAACAAUGUCAAGGUGUGGUAUAACAAUAAGGGCUGGCAUGCCAUGGUAUCUUUUAUGAAUGUGGCCAACAACGCCAUCCUCCGUGCAAACCUGCCCAGAGGAGCAAACCUGGACGAAUAUGGAAUCACUGCCAUCAACCAUCCUCUGAACCUCACCAAAGAACAGCUCUCUGAGAUCAGUGUUCUGACCACAUCAGUGGAUGCAGUGGUGGCCAUCUGUGUCAUCUUUGCCAUGUCCUUCGUCCCAGCCAGCUUUGUCCUCUAUCUCAUCCAGGAGAGGGUCACUCAGGCCAAACACCUGCAGUUUGUCAGUGGGGUCAGUCCUCUGGUGUACUGGAUGGCCAACUUUCUGUGGGACAUGGUUAAUUACUCCAUCAGUGCAGUGAUGGUGGUGGAAAUUUUCAUCUUUUUUGAUAAGAAGUGCUACACCUCCCCAACCAACCUCCAACCACUUAUUGCCCUUCUUAUGCUUUAUGGGUGGUCCAUGACCCCCAUGAUGUACCCCAUGUCCUACAUAUUCAGCGUUCCCAGCACCGCCUAUGUCUCUCUGUCUUGUAUCAAUCUCUUCAUUGGCAUCAACAGCAGCGCCAUCACCUUCAUCCUGGACCUUUUUGAGGGCACCACAGCUCUGUACAAGUUCAACCAAGUGUUAAAGACAAUGCUGCUCAUCUUCCCCCAUUACUGCCUGGGUCGAGGUCUCAUAGACAUGGCCAUGAACCAGGCUAUGACUGAUAUUUAUGCUCGCUUUGGUGAGGAUUACAGUCCAGACCCCUUUAACUGGGACUUUAUUGGGAAGUACCUGCUCUCCAUGGCUGUGGAGGGAUUUGCCUAUUCCAUCCUUAACAUUCUCUUCCAGUAUCGCUUCUUCCUGAAUAACUGGAUACCAGAUUGCCCAAAGCCUCAUAUUGUGGAUGAAGAUUUAGAUGUGACCGAUGAAAGAGAGCGAAUUUACAAGAGUGAAAAAACAAACGACAUCUUACGCAUUAGAGACCUGUCCAAGACAUACACAGGAACAAUCAUCCCUGCAGUAGACCGAAUCUGUGUCGGAGUAUCACCUGGAGAGUGCUUUGGUCUCCUCGGGGUAAACGGAGCAGGGAAGACCACAACGUUUAAGAUGUUGACAGGAGACAUAGAUGUCACUUCAGGACAGGCCUCAGUCGCUGGUCACAGCAUUUUGACAGAUAUCCUGGAUGUCCACCAGAACAUGGGUUACUGCCCACAGUUCGAUGCCAUAGAUGAGCUGCUGACAGGCAGAGAACAUCUGCAUCUCUACGCCCGCCUCCGAGGAGUCCCAGAGUGUGAGAUCAGCAGGGUUGCAGAGUGGGCCAUCCAGAAGCUGGGGCUUUCAGAGUAUGCAGGUCGGAGUGCUGGGACCUACAGUGGAGGCAACAGGAGGAAACUCUCCACGGCCAUCGCCAUGAUAGGCUGUCCUGCCCUGGUGCUGCUGGAUGAGCCCACCACUGGUAUGGAUCCUCUGUCCAGACGCUUUCUGUGGAACUCCAUCAUGAGCGUUAUUCAGGACAAACGAGCUGUGGUCCUCACCUCACACAGUAUGGAGGAAUGUGAGGCGCUGUGUACCCGCUUAGCCAUCAUGGUCAAUGGAUCUUUCAAGUGUCUGGGAACCAUUCAGCAUCUUAAAUAUAAAUUUGGUGAUGGCUAUGUGGUGACCAUGAAGAUCAGGGCAGCUAAGCCUGGCUGUGCCCCAGACCUGAACCCUGCUGAAGCAUUCAUGGAGAGCACGUUCCCUGGCUGCAUCCAAAGAGAGAAACACCACAACACUCUGCAGUACAAGAUCUCCUCUUCCUCCCUGGCUAGGAUCUUUCAAAUGGUCCUGGCGAACAAAGACAAACUCAACAUCGAGGACUACUCAGUGUCACAGACUACUCUAGACCAGGUGUUUGUGAAUUUUGCCAAGCAGCAGUCAAGAGAGGACGACGCUAUUGUGUUGCAUCCCAAAGCCGCUGGGGCACAGCGUUAUAUCGACACCACACCCGUCAAGCCUUUGGGGAAGUGAACUUUACCUCGAUGAGACCAACUGGAAGAGAGCGAUGGGAUUUCAUUUCAGUGGCCGCCGUGUUCGAUGGCCUAUGGAUGUGUUUGCUCUUUGGAGGACUGAAAGCUAAUAGGCAGAAACAAAGCCUUCGUUUUAGCCGACACAAUCUACAGAAAAAUCACUACAGUGACAACGUUUCACAACUAGUGACAGGUGCAUGAGUUUUGGGAUGCUAAAAGUCAGAGAGAAUGAAGUGGUUAUCCAACUCUGGAAAAAGAAGUCUGCAUUUUUAAUCUAUAUUUGAAGGAGCCUUUAGAACGGGACAGUUGACCUGCUGUCUGUGUUACAGUGCAGUCUGUGAAGGAGGCAGCACCUUAAACUGAUCUGACAUGUGUCAUUACUGCACAUGCUCUAUGCUGCUUCUCCAGUAAAUCAGGGUUAGUGGGCUUUGAAUUUGAAAUGUGUGGAGCAUUUGUGUGCCUGCUGUAUGUCCCACAUUCUGCUCACCUUUAGGCCUUGCAAACUAAAUGAAACAGAGAUUUAUCAUUUUGUCAAGGACCGAUGAUUGAUGGAAUGUGAAAAACAUUCACAUUGUAAAAGAAAACGGAGGUCCUUCUGCAUUUUUUUGCUUCAGAUGCCAAGUGAGAUGAUCUUUUAUUGCCUUCUUUAGAUAGUUGAAGUGAGCACUCAGAGGCAUAGUUUUAGCACUUUACUGACGCAGUAUUAAUUAACGCAUUGCAAUUUUUACUGAGUUACUUAGCAAUAUGCUAAUGCAUUACAGCUGCUUAAAUGUACAAAAUCCUUCUGCUGCUAUUAAAUUCAUUUGUAUACAUGUCAUAUUUUUAUGCCAUAUAUAUUUUCUUCAAUCUUUGCGCUUUAUCGUAUAUAUAUGUACGACUUUGGAAAUUUGUCUGCAUUCCACAAGCACCUGGUGUCUAUAGAGGAAGACGACACAAUGUCAUGAAAGUAAUGUUUCUAUAUAAGAUCAUGUCAAAUAAAGUUAAAUUUUUCUUUAA